AUGGACUCUGUGCUGCGCCAGCGUUUGUGCGUUCGGCUUCAACCUGUGAAGGGGCAAGAGGUGGACACUCAAAAACGACGUCUGUGCUCUUUCGUAGCUCCAAAGCCAAGAUGCUUUGUUUGGUCCAAUGGUGUGCCAGCUGCUGCCAAACUGUCAAUUAUGUCAUUGGCGAUUGGGUUUGGAAGAUGCUUCAGGCGUCGUGGGCGAGGCGCCGAACGUUCCGCAGUAGUGCGGGCAGGUGGUGACGACCGCGCACUGCAGCAGAUGGAUCCAGAAUUGGGAGAUAUGUUAUAUAGGGAACGCGAGCGGCAAGUGCGAAGUAUCAAUUUAAUAGCAUCUGAAAAUUUCGCAUCUUCCUAUGUGCUCCAAGUGUUGGGCUCUGAGCUCAACAACAAGUACUCCGAAGGGCUUCCGGGGGCAAGGUAUUAUGGAGGCAAUGCAAUUAUUGACGAAGUGGAGCAACUUUGCAAAACGCGAGCUCUUGCUGCUUUCCGCCUCUGUGCGGAUGACUGGGCUGUCAAUGUACAGCCAUAUUCUGGAUCCCCAGCAAACUUUGCAGUUUACACUGCUCUGCUCAAGCCUCAUGAUCGAAUUAUGGGUCUAAGCUUGACCGCAGGAGGCCAUCUCACACACGGGCAUUAUACCUCGCAAAGGAAAGUUUCUGCCACAUCCGUCUACUUUGAAUCCAUGCCAUACACGGUAGACAAACAAACCGGUCUGAUUGACUUUGACGGUUUGCGCAAACAGGCCCUAUUGUUUCGGCCUCAGCUGAUUAUCGCGGGCGCCUCUGCAUAUCCGCGCCUCAUAGACUGGCAGGCAUUUCGUGAAAUUUGCGAUGAAGUGGGCGCAUUCCUGAUGGUUGACAUGGCGCAUAUCAGUGGGCUGGUGGCUUCUGAGCAGCAUCCAUCCCCAUUUCCGUAUGCUGAUGUGGUUACAACCACGACGCACAAAAGUCUACGUGGACCACGUGGUGGAGUGGUGUUCGCGCGCAAGCACCUAGAACAAAAGAUUGAUGAUGCUGUUUUUCCUGCUUUGCAGGGAGGCCCGCACAAUGCCACGAUUGGGGCCUUAGCUUUCCAGUUGCGGCAGGUGGCCACCCCUGAAUUCAAACAAUAUUGCCAAGACGUCGUGGCAAAUUGCAAAGCUUUGGCGGACUACCUGACGAGACAUGGAUGCUCUUUGAUCACAGGCGGCACAGACAAUCAUCUGCUUCUGUGGGAUGUAAAGCAGGAAGGCCUGUCCGGCUCGAAGAUUGAGAAAGUUUGCGAGAUGGCCUCCAUCAUCGUGAACAGAAAUGCAAUCCCAUCGGAUACAUCCCCGGUUUCACCAGGAGGUGUACGUCUUGGCUCAUGCGCGAUGACCACCAGGGGUGCUGAUGAAACCAAUUUUGAACGGAUUGGGAGCUUUCUGCUGCGAGCGCGCGACAUUGCCAAUCACGUGCAAUCUCGGUCUGGAAAGAAAUUGGUGGAUUUCUGCAAAUGCCUAUCAGACGCCGAUUGUCCAGAGAAGGAAGCGAUUGCAGAACUUCGGUCUGAAGUAGAGUCUUGGUCUUCGUCUCUCAGCUUCCCAACCUGA